UGGCAACACUGUCCCUGGUCUGGCGGGUGGUUGGACUCCUUCAGAGAGCUGUCAAACACCUGUCAUAAGCAUAUAAAGCCUAUAUAGGUAGUCAUAUGUAAUGUUAACGCUUUUAUGGUUUACAGGGGUAGUUACAGUAUUUUAUCUUCAGUAAGCUCGCUGUCAUGCUACUAUAGGUCAGAAUGCCAUGAAAGAUGUGCUUUCAGCUGCUAUAAGGUAUAAACAGAGCAGCCAGUGUUGUAAUUCCUGCCAAGAUGGAAGAGAAAUGUUUUAAAGGAAAAGAGGAGGAGGGCAAUGACUUGUGGUUGACCCGCAUACCAAUACCAAAGAUGCUAGAGUUAGCUGUGCAUCAACUAACCAAUAAGAAUUUACCUACUCAUUUCAUCGAAGAUGUCCUGCCAUCCCUUUGUUUCAGUCUACCUCCAAAUAGUGGCGCCUGUUGUCGUAUACUGCAGUCUCUUCCUGAAUCAAGCCCAGUGUGGGGGAGUUUACAGGAAGGUGUGGCCACUGGAAAAUAUCUGCCUCCAGGGAUGAUGGCUGCUCUUUAUCGGUCACGUCCCUCCUUCUUAGAAGGAAACAUUUUUAGUGUGCUCAGAUGCUAUGUGCAGAGUACCGCUGCUUGCGAAAGAGUGGCCUACUUGUACCUUAAGUUUUGGCUGAAGUACUGUACAGUGGAGAAGAGCACAGUACUCUUGGAACUUCUGUCUCUUAAUCAUCGUUCUGUUGAUAUUUUGGCAGCUGAAAUGGAAAUAUUGAUUUCUCUUGUGAUAAUUUAAAAAUUAUUAAGUGCUCAUGAAAUCAAGUCACUUCAUGUCAUUGCAUUCAUUUUACAUUACAAGAUUUUAAUAAUAUAGAACUUCACUGUAAAUUGUGUAAACCAUAGUAAUUUCUUAGAUUUUUUUCUUCAUGUUUACUGUAGUUCUUGUAAUGUAAAUUAGCAUAUAUUUUUGUUAAAUAAACCUAACAUGGUAACACUUUUAAUCUGUCUUUCAUAUUAGAUAUAGCAUUGCAUUAGUUAACUCCCCUCCAUCGGGUUUGUAAAGUGUUUCAUCUGUUACAGGCUGCUAAAUAGUAAGAGCUUGUGCCAGCAUAAAGCUAGCUUAAUCUUGCUCCUAUUCCCUUUUGUCUCUUCCCACCAAGCUAUCAAAUUCUCUCCUGUCUUGUUACAGUUCCAGUUUUGCUCUUGUUAAACUAUACUAAAAUAAUGACAUGUAUUAGUUGUAGAUGCCAUUGUAUAUGUAGAUAAUGAAUAAUUUUCUUUCUUUGACUAAAGAGUACGGAUUGUUCCCAUCUUUCAUUUGGGUAAACCAUUGGACAUUAGUUGGCAAACUGAAUACGUACAGAAUUUUCUUAUUUUACAUUUCACUUUUUACUUAUAGUAUUACUUGGAAAAUUUGACAGUUAUGAGUAUGGGUGUACUAUAGUGGAGCAAUUGAAAUAGUGAAUAUUCUAAAUUGAUUUUAUAAGAAAUGUAGUUGGAGGUUUGAAUUUUCAUACUGUUUUGUAUAUACAGUGAAGUUUUGUACAACUUCACUACUUGUUCACGCACUGUACUAACUCUCUGUAAAAAGUAUAGCUUUAAAUUGAUAAAAGGUUACAGUAUGUGGUAAGUGAUAGAAAUUUUAUAAGACAAAUUAUGGUUUUUUGUACAUUAUUAAUAAAGAGGAAGUUGUCA